CACAGUGAACCGUUGGUGCUCUCCGUUCACACCGGGGACAUAUCAUUUGAUUGAGAGGUUAACGUCUGACCGAGGGACUCUGAACUAUUAGCCUCAUUUCGUUUUUUUCUCGUUUUUUAUCUUUAAAUUGUGCGGUUAUGAUGAGGUGAGGAUGGCCAAGCGACCGGGGACUGACGAAGGGAUGUUGACUUCGCCGACGAUUCUCCGGGAUUUCUCCGCCGAUAUGAACAGCGGGGACGUGAACAUGGACUGCAGCGAGGGCGCCGCGGACGUCUCCUUGGAAGAAAUACUCACACUGUACAACCAGCCGAUAAACGAGGAGCAGGCAUGGGCUGUGUGUUAUCAGUGUUGUCGGACUUUAGCGCAGAAACACCGGAGGAAAAGCUCCACGUCCGCCGGUGCGUCGGCCGUCGGCUGCCCGAGGAGGAUUGAGGGACCCGGGGAUGUGUGGAUCGGGAGAGACGGGACUGUGAAACUGCACUUUGAAGACAGCACAGAUAAAUACCAACCGGCCCCCACGUCAUUAGAGGUUAUUGACUCACUGGGUGUCAUGAUUUACAAAGCUCUGGACUAUGGCCUCAAAGAAAACGAAGAGCGUGAACUCACCCCGCCGCUGGAGCGCCUGAUCGACAUGAUGACCAACACAGACAAAACUGAGAGUGACCCCUGUCCUGACGAGGGCUACGAAGCCACAGAGGAGGAGGAUGAGUGCGAGGAGGAAGGGGAAGAGGAACCCGUCCCUGCCACCACCACCAGCUCAAUCAGCAGCAUUCGUAGCUAUCGAGACCUCAUCACGCUAUGUUCCUCACACCUGCCCAGCCCAUCCGACGCUCCAAACCAUUACCAGGCUGUUUGUCGGGCUCUCUAUGCUGAAACCAGGGAACUACACACCUUUCUGGAGAAAAUCAAGAGUGCCAAGGAGAACCUGAGGAGGAUGGAAGGUGAGAAUCGUGAGGAGCCUGUUAAAGACCUCAAUGAGCUGCAAAAUGCAGACUGGGCACGGUUUUGGGUGCAGGUAAUGCGAGAUCUACGAGAUGGUGUUAAACUGAAGAAGGUUCAGGAGCGCCAGUAUAACCCGUUACCCAUCGAAUACCAGCUCACACCAUACGAAAUGCUGAUGGAUGACAUCCGCUCCAAACGCUACAAGCUGCGAAAGGUCAUGGUGAAUGGAGACAUCCCACCAAGGUUAAAGAAGAGUGCGCAUGAAAUCAUUCUUGAAUUCAUCAGGUCGCGACCGCCUCUCAACCCUGUCGCAGCCCGUAAACUGAAACCCCACCCGCCACGUCCCAGGAGCCUCCAUGAGCGACUGCUGGAGGACAUCAAAGCUGAGAGGAAGCUCAGGCCGGUCUCACCGGACAUGAUCCGCAGAAGCCGCCUGGUCAUGCGACCUCUUAGCAUGUCUUACAGCUUUGACUCAUCAGGUGCAGGGAAAAGCAUCAGCACUCCUCAGGACUUGUUCCGCAGCUCAGACACUCCUGAUGCACCCAGGAAACUGGCUGUCAGCACUCAGUCUCUGGCCAGUGGCACCGUGGGACCCAGUCAAGGUGGGGCGCUGCCUCUAAGCCAGAGGAAGAGGCUGCUCAGAGCACCCACGCUGGCUGAGCUGGACAGCUCCGAAUCUGAUGACGAGCCCACGCGAAGCAGCUCCAGUAUGUCCACAUCUUUGAUGGAGGACACGUCACCUGAGUCUGCCAUAGGGAAGAAAGCUCCUCCAAAGUUCCUGCCCGUCUCUGCCACCCCACAGCCAGACAAGCGUCAGUCCCCACAGAGGCGGCACUCUAUCGAGAAGGAGGCCCCCACCAGUGUCUGCACCUUUGCACCUCCAUCCAGACAGAGCUCCAAGUCUUUGCUGAUGGCGGAUCCCAGCGCCAAGGUGGAAGCCGCCAGUGGUGCUCAGGGCCCGGAGGAGUUCUGCUACCCGGUGGAGUGCCUGGCUCUGACGGUGGAGGAGGUGAUGCACAUCAGGCAGGUUCUGGUCAAGGCUGAGCUGGAGAAGUUUCAGCAGUACAAAGACAUCUACACCGCCCUCAAGAAAGGAAAGGUUUGCUUUUCAUGUCGGACCAAGAGGUUCUCUCUCUUCACCUGGUCCUACACCUGCCAAUUCUGCAAAAGGCCUGUGUGUUCCCAGUGCUCCAAAAAGAUGCGGCUGCCAUCCAAGCCCUACUCCACCUUGCCCAUUUAUUCUUUGGGCCCUGGUGCUGCAGCUAAAGAAGAGGCAAGUGGAGCGUCUGCUCCUGCUGAGCCAGAAAAGAACCCAUUUGGGUCCGGACACAGCCGACACAGCUUACGCAGAAGUGUUUACAAGUUGUCUAAGCACAGCAGUAGUGGCAGCAAAGAUGGCCGGUCACAGGACGAACCUGAGCUGCCGAAGGAGCUCACUGAGGACUGGGUCACUAUGGAGAUCUGUGUAGACUGCAAAAAGUUCAUCACAGAGAUCAUCACCUCCAGCAAGCGCAGCCUGUGCGUGGCCACCAAACGUGCCCGUCUCAACCGCAAAACCCAGUCCUUCUACAUGUCAUCGUCUAACUCUGUCAACUUCAGGCCCUCUGAGCGCACCAUCAACGAGGUGUAGAGAGUGGGGCCGCCCUGCGCACUUUCCUUCACGCCUCCCCCAGAGCCUAGUCGUUCAAUAAGAAAAUAAAUAAAUCCCUUCAAUGAAGCCAGUUCGUUCCACCCCAAAGUUAGUAAAGGUUCUUAUACCUUACCCCGUCUCAGGAAAAGUUGGCACGCUGUGAUUGGUCGUGACUGGUCAGGACUGUGCAGUAGCUGCCAGAUAACAGAGAGCCAUGUUUCUUUAAAGUGAUAAUUCAGGAUAAAAUGGAUAAAUUAAGUUGCUGACGUCGCUAUUGUGAACCAGGUAAGAGAAUGUAUAUCUGACAUAAGAGCGAUCAGAUGAUACAGAAAGCCAAAAGCUGCAGUGAUAAACGUGUAAAUAGUACAAAGGCCCGGCCCUAAUCUUAGCUAUGAAUACGUUUUCCAGUUCCUGUUUACUUCUAGCACUCAGGAUAAACAACAGAUUGUCUUUUUGACAGAAAUGCACUGUAGAUCCUCCUACCAGGUCUGUUGGGGUAGACCACCCUCCCUGCCCCCUCUCUCUUAUUCUUCCAGCAACAAUUAUGCCAAAUGUUUCAUCCUUCAUUUUUUUAGCCAGUUUAAAUGCACAUUCACUGUUCUCUCAUGUUGUCGGGGCGACACGUCGAAGGGUGAGAGUAGUCAGAUUAUUUUUCUGGGUGGGUUUAGUUUUAACUUGUUCAAUUCUGUGCCUGGUGCCAAAAUGUAAUUCCUUUCUUUGAAUGCCUUCAUAGUUAUGGACCUGUUGUACAUAUGUGUGAUACACUCAAUAGGGGACAUUUUUAGGGUAAUCCAAGGUUGGGUUUCUUGCCCUUUCCAUGUUCCAGGCGGGGCAACAGAAGCACAGACGUAGGGUUGUGAAUGUGUACAUGCUGUAUAUCUUAAUUGUUCCAAAUUUAAUAUAAAAAGCUUAACAAAGUAGAAAUUUAAUUUUACCAUGUUUUAAGAUAUUUGCCUCUGGAGUUACUUUAUUUGAAAUUCUUCUCUGACACCUCUAUUAUUAGUGUUAUUAUGUUUGUGUAAUAUUAAGAUUUUAUUUCUAUUGUAUAGUUUAUAAACUCCUCAGUGUUAAGACUCCUCUAAAUCGCAAAUCGCACUUUUAUUGGACCAAUUUAUUGUUUAUGUUGGGUUUUUGUCUUAAGUAAUAAUAAUUAUUAAAAUCUUUUUGUUUUUCACCUCUUGGGGGAUCCAUAGUGCCAUUUCCCAGAGUUCCUCAUGAAUGAAAAUGUGUGUGAAUGGCUGCAGGUUGUUUGAGUAAGAAAUGAAUAAUGGCUAAAACAAAACUCUCCAUUUAAUUGAAUGUAGGCAAGUAUAUAACUGUCACUGAAUAUGCUUUAUGAUUGUGUUUCCCCUCUCAAAAGACGUGUAUUCACAUACACACCUAAACACAAAUGUUUAUAUCGUGUGUUUUGUGACAGUUGUUACCAAAUGAACACAAAGCCAGCCUGUUCAAUAACGACGCCAUGUUCCAGUGACACCAUCCGACCAGUUUUAUUUUAGACCUCUGUAAGGAAUGUAUGCAUGCUGUACUGUGAUCUGUUCGUUUUUAUCAAAGACAUUAUAAUAAAAUCAUCAUGAUUCUUACCUUGACUCAU